UCCAGCUGUCAAGAGAGCGUCAGCUUAUUAGGCAAAUGCUGCGUGGUUUCUGAAGAGGGUCGACACUAUAAAAUCCCCUUCCAGGCUCUGGUGUGGAGAAACUCAGAGCCCACGUCCGUGGAGAGACAGAACAGGAAGAGAAGAGGAAAAGAACAGAGUGGGAAGAGAAAGGAGAAGGGAAGAGAAUCCCUGAAAAAAAAGCCCCAGAGACUUUCUCUGCAGAGAAGCGCUGCUCCUCGCUCACCUGCAGAAGCACCUCGGAAGCGCCCCCUAACAUGCGACUGCCGCUGCUCGUGUCCGUGGGCGUCCUGCUGGUGGCUCUGCUGCCCUCCCCGCCAUGCAGGGCCCUCCUCAGCCGGGGGCCCAUCCCGGGUGCCCGGCAGGCAUCGCAGCACCCCCAGCCCCUGAGUUUCUUCCAGCCGCUGCCGCAGCCCCAGGAACCCCAGGCUCUUCCCACCCUACUCCGCGUUGGGGAGGAAUACUUCCUCCGCUUGGGUAACCUCGAUGAGACCCGGGCUGCUCCCCUCUCUCCCGCCGCCUCGCCUCUCGCCAGCAGAAGCAGCAGUCGCCUUUCUCCGGACAAGGUGGCCGCCAACUUUUUCCGAGCGCUGCUGCAGCCCCGGCGCCCACUCGACAGCCCAGCGGGUCCCGCGGAACGCGGCACGGAGAACGCCCUCGGCAGCCGCCAGGAGGCGCCAGCCGCCAGGAAGAGGCGAUCCCAGGAACCUCCCAUUUCCCUGGAUCUCACCUUCCACCUCCUCCGAGAAGUCUUGGAAAUGACCAAGGCCGAUCAGUUAGCGCAGCAAGCUCAUAGCAAUAGGAAACUGUUGGACAUUGCUGGGAAAUGAAACGGUGCGUUUGGCUAAAAAUAUUCUGUAUUUAGCAAAAAAGUGAAUUUAAAAAUCUAAAAAUUAAAAAAUAAAAAUACAGUAUUCUAUACC